CACCUGGUCUAGAUGCAAUAACAAAUGAGUUUCUCCAAAAUCUCCCUUACAAUUGGUUUAUGUACUUAGAAACCUUACUCAAUAUCUGCCGGAUCAAAGAAGAUGUUCCAGAGCAAUGGGUCACUGCGUCUCUGUCCAUGCUCUACAAAAAAGGAAAGAAAGAAGAACCCUCAAAUUACAGAGGAAUUGCUCUUAUUAAUAAUAUUUUCAAGAUCUUAACGAGCAUUCUUCAGCGUUGCUUAGACAGGUGGCUUGAGAACUGCCAAAUUCUCCCUGAAGAGCAAACGGGGUUUAGAAAAAACAGAGGUUGCCUGGACCAAAUCUUCACGUUGAACGCAAAGAGCUUUCGACUU